ACACACACACACAUAUAUAUAGUGCCAGUCCGUCGUCGUUCCGUAGUACCCCCACCCAGUGGUCCCAGGGGCUCAGUUUCAUGGCGCUAGAGAUGUAACGGGUAGAACCCUGCUAAUUUUCUCUCGAAUUUUCUCGCGAAAAUCCUCCUAGAAAAUAUUCGCACCUCCGCCAUCGCGACGCUUGGAUAUACUCAGCUGUAGCCUGUAGACCGUCUGAAUAUUUAGUAGCUAACUUUCAGUUUUUUGUUUUCAUCAUAUUUGAUUGUAGAAAAGUAACGAUAGAAUGGACACUUCAGUCUGUGUGUAAAGAUCUAGAUCUCUAGGUUUUGUCAAUACGAUGCAAUGAUAGCAAUUGUAGAUGAUUGAGGCAGGGAGCUAAGAUUUUGAUCGUAGGAAUUCUGGCAAAAUUUACAGAUUAGAAUUUUCUAUACAGCAACUUUUCCCCUAUUUGUUCUCUCCUAACCUCUCCCCUCCCCUCCCCUCCCCCGAGGAAAUGAGCUCGGAAAGUGGAGACCAGUGUUCAACUGUGCAGUUGGAAUCAGAUAAGAGUAAUCAAGAAAUUAAGAAAAAGUGGAAAAUUUCGUAUACUAGAGAUUUUAUUUUAUCUCUGUCUGAGUUGGAUGCAUGCCAAGAGCUACCAAGUGGAUUUGACCCCUCAAUUUUGCUUGAAUUUGAGGAUGAGAACAAUGGCAUAUCGGGUGAGUAUUAUAGAGGAAUAUGUGGCAAAUGGGAAAACAUUUCAUCUGGACCCAGUGACAAAGAUUGUCAUUCAGAUUCUGGAAGACAGUACGGUAACCAAUAUAGACGUUCUUGGCAAAAUCCUGAGCAUGAUGGGCUUCUGGGAAAAGGUGCUUUUCCAAGAGUAUCUGGAUAUGUAGCUGGGGCUUUAGCUCCAAAGGUUCGCGGAAAUGAUCACCAACAACUCAAUAGGACUCAUGAGCCAUACCGUCCUCCCCGCCCCUAUAAGGCAGUGUUGAAUUCUGGUAGAGAAAGUAAAGACUCGUAUAAUGAUGAAACAUUUGGUUCCGCUGAAUGCCUGAGUCAGGAGAGGGAAGAGGAAGAAAAGAGAAGAAGAGAUUCCUUUGAGUUGAUGAGGAAGGAACAGAAAAAAGCAAUCGAAGAAAAGCAAAAACAGAUUGCAGACGAGCAUAAAGAAAAUGUUUACCCGGAUAUUGCCAGAUCGGUGGAGGAUAAAGGAAAUGAUAAGAGACUUGUGAAUAAAAGCAAUGAAUUAGAGGACUAUGUGGCACCACUAGCUUCAAAUAAUGAUUCUUCUAAGAGUUCUUUUUCCACCCAAACUCCUGCAGCCAGGCCACUUGUACCCCCAGGUUUUACCAAUAGAAUCUCAGGAAAGGAUCUUGGAACAGAAACCUUAAACUGCUCUUCAAGAAGAGAGGCUGGGAAUGAUGAAUUUGAAGAUAGCCUGCCAAGUGGCAAAAGUAAACCUGGGGCAAUGAUGGCUUCUGUAGAGGAAAUACAUAUGGACAAGCAUGUUGGUUCCAGUUAUCAGCAGCAUGAGCCUGAAAGUAUAACUGUUCCUUUUAGAAAUGAAAGCAAGAAGAUUGCAGUUUCAUCCUUUGAUGUUUUUGGUUUUGACAGUUCGUCACACACAGUUUCUAAUUUAUCAGAAGUCCGUGCAGCUCGGGAGGAGGAAGACACAAAUUCUGGUAAAGGGGUUGUGACUGGGGACAACAUGACUAUGUUAGGUGAGGAUCAUUCAGCAUUGACUCUUGAUAAGAGUUCUGACAAUGGUACGGUGAAUAGUGGUGAUUCAUCUAGUUUCAUAAAGCAUUAUGACAUUGGAGCUAAUUGUUCCGAGAGCCCCAUAACAAUUACAUCCAAGUUUUCUCAUUGGUUUCUUGAUGGAGAAGAGAAACAAGCUGGUGGCAUCUCAUCAGGCAACGUGACUGGUAGAUCUCUAGCUCAUGGAAUGUCUAUUGGAAAAGGGUCUGAGCACAAUCUGCCGACUGUGUCUUCUGAGAGUAAGGAAGUUACAUAUAAGCUUACAACCUCUGUUACAGAUGGGAUCUCUGAGCAGUUGUAUAGCAGCAAUGAACCAGCUGUAGACGCCCGUAUUCUUACAUGUGAGGACCUUGAACAGUCGAUUCUUUCGGAGGUUAGUGGACAGUGUCCAUUUCAGCAAGUCUCUGUGCAAGACAAGGGUGCUCGUGUUUCAGAGUAUGAGCAACCAAAUGCUGGAAGUGACAAUAGUGCAUCCCAACACCUUCUUUCUUUGUUACGGAAGGGGACAAGCUUGGAACAUCUGGCAGCAUCUUCCAAACAAAACAUGGGAUCCUUUCACGGACAAUCAUUUGAAAUUCUUGGGAACAGCUAUGGGCAUAACACUUCAACCAGAGGAAAUGCUGAAACUUCUGAGAACUCGAUUCUCAAACCACAACCUGGUUCUGGAUUCAUGGAGGAGUUAAAGUCAACUGAAGGAUUAGUUCCUGUUCAGAGAGUCUCUGUGCACAGGGUUCCAAGGAAUGAUGUUUCACACUCUUUUGGAUUUUCAUCUCCAGUGUCAGAUAGUGAUCUCUGUCCUUCCAUAGUUGAGAAAGACAGAUCCAUUGGGAUCAGUUGUGAAGGCAUUCUGGCCUCAAACUGUGGUAAGCAAAUUGGAUUGGAUAUGCUCCACACGAAUCGGACAGUCUCUGAUAAUGCUCCUGCUGGAAUAGGUUCAAGUCUCCAACUUGGGCAGGGGAUGAAAGUCAGUCCUGUCACAAAAUUUGAUGUGGCAGCUGAUUUGGCAACUGAGAUUUGUUUGCCUGAAGAGGACAGUUUAAUUACAGUUGAUGAUCCCAUAAUUCCUCUGCGUUCAAUGUCCAUGGCUUCUGAGAAUGCAGUUAAAGGUGACUUCUUAACCUCAAAUACCCCAGUUAAUAUUGCUGAGAGAUUAGCUGCCCGAAACAUUGCUGUGUGUAAUGAAAGAUCUACAGGUUUGGAAGGCCCUCCUUUUCUUCACGGCUCUUAUGAUGUUACGGGUUUGGAGACUCCUUAUCACAAUCUGCGCAUGCAGGGGUCUCACCCUCAAUUUCGUCACAUUCAUAUGAAUCAUGGGAGGCAUUAUUUCCAUCCAGCAGGCUCUCCUCAAGUUCACAUGAGUCCGCAAAUUAAGUCCAUGGAUGUAAAAUCCUAUUAUAACCUUUCACCCCCUGACCAUGAUUUUAUGGCAAGUCUGCAUUUGCGUCCUUCCCUACGUGUUCGUGCUGAAGCAACAGGGUUUGAUAAUCCAGUUCACCGAUCACUGUUACAACAGAUGCAUGUGCCAGGAAAUUUGUCUUCACCCCAUUCUCACUCUAUUAAUCAAAUGGCUCUUUCUACGGGGGAGCUGAAUCCAAUGCAAAGUUUUCACCUGAAUCAUCAGCAACCAGGCUAUGGGGGUGUUCGAAUGCCAAAUCAAGAUGCUGUUGGUGUUGGAGGAAGCAAUAAUCAGUUACCAUUGGAGAGGCUCCUUGAGCUGGAAUUGAGAGCAAAGCAGCUCCACCCGUCUGCUGUGGCUGUGCGAGGUCAGGGGACUUAUGGUAGACAGGUUGACAUGGGCAAUUGGCAUCAAAAUAGAUCACUUUGGUAGUGAUGAUUGGGUUGGAUGCUUUCGUCUUUUUUUUUCUUUUCUUUUCUUUACUUUCGUUCUCCUUUCAUGGAUCUUGACCUCUUGGUAGACUUGUAGAUAUCGAUCUGCUUAGGCCUUGUUUGGUAUCAUUUGUUUUCGUUUCAGUAUAGUUUAGAAACAGAUGGGGAUCGACCGCUUUGUCAAUGUUGCUAGUUUUCAAA